AUGCAAGCAAACAGCGGGGCAUCUCUUCUUACGGAACUCUGUCUGCGAUAUCCGGAGCCUCUUGGUGCCCAUCCACAAGUGACCUAUGAAGCUGCAGUACAGUAUCUGGUCAAGGCACACCAGCUAGCAAUGGGAGUCCCGUUUCAGUGGUUAUACAUAGACAGGCCUCAAGACGGAAGCUUAUAUAUAAUAUAUUUGAUGGUACAACAACGAUCAUUCCCAAACGACGGCAUUCGUUACCAAGAGCAGGAGAAUCGGUAUACAAUACCAGCUGGUGGAGGUCGGGAACUCGAAGUUUGUGAGAUCAAGUAUGGUUUUAUUCCGGAUUCAACAGACACUGCUGCGUACCGUGUUCGACGACGAUUCCGGUUAGUGAGAGGAGGUAGUCCACAACUCUAUCUGGUGCAUUAUUUUGCUGGACAAUCCAUGCCAAUCAUACCUACCCUUCGCGGCCAACCUGUUCGACAGUAUCCCUUGCGACCAGUCAACGAGCCUGCUAUGUUCGUAUUAGGAGAGAAGACGGGUCAAAAGGUCAUGCCUCCCCAACGUGCUAUGCAAGCGGGGCAUCCUGCUCAAGCUAUGGGUGCUCCUGCCGGGAUGCCGGGAAUGGUAGGCAUGGGCGGAGGAAUGCAACACCAAGCUGCAAUGCUCGCGCACCAAAAUCGAGAAAUGGAGGCUCUUGAACGAAGACAAGUUCGUGAACGGGCCACAGGAAUGCCUGGCCAUGCCCAGCAAGCUGCGGCUCACGACGACGACUCUGGAGAUGAGUAUGAUCACGUCUCGACGCGUUCUCUCGCCUUAGCUCGCUAUAAGCGGAACCAUGAUUACAUGAACGAGGUUUUCAUGUAUGCUGCCUUUGGUGACAAGAAGCCGAAAGAACCAGAAAAUCCCUACUCCUGUUUCAAUGAGGACGAGAUGAAGGAAAAAAUCGCCAAAUUAGAGAAGGAAGUUGAAGAACUCACAGCAAAAUCCGAAGAGCGCCGCGCAGCGGCUCGACAACGCGAGCGGACAGAGACAGGCGAGUCGGGAGGCGAUGUGUCUAUGGCUAGCUUUGGAUCAGCUCCUGCUGAGGUAUCUGCUACUUGA